GACGCCAUUCCCUCAAUCUCCUCGGGCGCCGUGGGCUCCCGCUUUGUCUCCCAGUCUGACAUCGACACCGCAAAGGCGCGCCGCGACGAGCAGUGGAAGGCCGCAUACGCACGACUUGGGCAAGAGCCCCCACCGCCCCCAACAGAAGACGCAUUCGACGGCCGUAGUCUAGCAGAGGCAGCCAAACAAGAAGAGUGGGAAGAGCGGAAUAAGCUAGGUAACCAGUUCCGCGCAUUGGAAGAGGAUGAGGUGCUGUUCCUGGAUUCCGUGCUCGAGAAGCAACGCGAGGAGGAACGGCUCCGCAAAGAGAUGGAUGGGGAGGAGGUGAAGAACUUUAGAGAGGCUGUCGCGGCACGAGAGAACGCCGCGAACAAACCCACAGUAGGGAUUGCACCAAGUGCCCCGUCUCAGCCACAGCCUGCUCCGGCGAAAGUCAAGGCACCGGCACCAGCAGCAGCAAAGAAAGACCUCAAGAGGUCUCUCAAGGGUGUGGUCGUCAAAAAGAAGCCGAAGGCAGCUGCGUCCUCACCACCUCAGACAAACAGCGGUCCAAAGGCGAACUCAGACGCCCGGACGGAUAUCAAACGCAAAGAAAGCGAAGCAUCUCCUGAAGACGAUACUGAGCGGGACUCGAAACGGAGGAGAGUAUCUGAUACG